UCCACUGCUCCACCGUCCACUUCUCUGCCAUCCACCGCUCCACCAUCCCCUGCUCUACCAUUCCCUUCAACCCCUGCCUCAAUGCCCCCUGAGAAAGCAGCAGAAACUAUUAUACUUCAUCUUGUCCCUGUUGACCCUAUGGUCCCUCCAUCCCCUGCUCCCCCAUCUUCAGCUCCACCAUCCACUGCUCCGCUGGCCACUCCUCCACCAUCCCCUGCUCCAAGAUCCACUGCUCCAAGAUCCACUGCUCCGAGAGCCACUGCUCUGCUGUCCUCUGCUGCAAGAUCCACUGCUCCACGAUCCCCUGCUCCAAAAUCCACUGCUCCGCUGUCCUCUGCUUUAAGAUCCACUGCUCCGCUGUCUUCUGCUCCACCAUCUACUGCCUGCACUCCUUCAUCUCCACCCUCUUUCUCCACCCAGAAAACUCAAAAACAGGCAAAAAAGAGACCUCAUGUGAAAGAAUGUAAAAGACACAAAUAUCAAAAGGUGUUUCGCUAUGAAAAAGUAGUGGACAAAAGAGUUUCAAAUGGAAAAGCAGAAGUCAAAAUCCGAUGGUCACCAUGUCCUGAGUGUGGUAAGGUGUGGGAUGACACCUGGGAACCAGCAGCACAGUAUUUGUUGUAA